AUUUACUUGUGCUAAACAUCGAAACAGUAAUACAAUAACAUUUUUUUAUGUAGUUUAAAUAUAAUAUACCUAUUUAAGAACUAUGCUGCUCUUCACUGUUUAAUAAAAUGUACAUUGCUAAUAUCGUGUUCAAAUUGUGACCGGCUUUUUCCUCGUCAUAGAUGAAAUAUAAAAACAUCAAGAGGACAUAACUUUAGCAUUAUGGAUGAAAUGAAGAAAUCAAUUCUUGCACCAAGUAGCAACAGACGGGUGAAUAAUGGAUAUCUUAAAUAUGCAAGUUUAGUCAUAUUAACGGUCCAGAAUGCCAUCCUGGGUCUCAGUAUGCGAUAUGCACGCACGCGGGAUGUGGAAAUGUUUUCCUCAGCAGCUGCUGUACUUUUAGCAGAGUUAGUAAAGUUUAUAAUCUGUACUGUUCUUGUGAUGCACGAGUCGGGCAGCAUUAAGAGAGGCGCCCACUCAAUAUAUGCCACGGUGAUAUUAAACCUGGAAGACACUCUGCGAGUCUGUGUCCCAUCCUUCUUGUAUAUAGUGCAAAAUAAUCUACUUUAUGUCUCCGCGUCCAACUUGGAUGCUGCAACAUACCAGGUCACAUAUCAGUUAAAAAUAUUAACAACGGCAUUUUUUGCCGUAGUGGUAUUAAAACGGACUUUAAAAAAAUGGCAGUGGUGUGCUUUGGCAUUACUAGCCAGUGGCAUAGCGCUGGUCCAACUUUCAUCUGAUAAUGGAUCGGGAAAAGUAGCAACUACACAUUUACCACAGCAAUCCAGAAUUCUAGGAUUCGGAGCUGCUUUAGCAGCUUGUUUUAUAUCAGGAUUUGCUGGUAUCUAUUUUGAGAAAGUCUUGAAAGAAUCCGACAUAUCAGUGUGGAUGAGAAACGUUCAGCUAAGUUUGCUGUCGCUACCAUUUGGGACAGUAACAUAUCUAAUAAACGAAGGCUCGUUGAACCAUCUUCUCAAGGGUUUCGACGGAUUCGUCUGGUACUUGGUAAUAUUGCAAGCGGCGGGAGGGCUUAUUGUCGCCGUGGUUGUUAAAUACGCUGACAAUAUAUUAAAAGGUUUUGCCACUUCCGUGGCCAUAGUAAUAUCUUGUGUAGCAUCUAUGUACAUAUUUGAUUUCCACUUGACUUUACAGUUUACGGUUGGUGCGGUAUUAGUUAUUGCAUCUAUAUUCCUUUAUGGUUAUGUACCCAAGAAGAAAGCUGAAGUUCGGACUUCGCUAAGUGUUUAAUAAUUAAACUAAACCUGAAGUGCGUAACGUUAUUUAAAAGCUCAAAGGCAUUUGUGCUAAAGAAAUUAAUACUGGAAUUUUGUUAAUAAUAAAUGCUACUAUGUAAUAUUUACUUGAUUAUUUUAAAGUAGGUAUGUUAAAGUUUAACUUUAUUUCUUGUUUUGAUAGAAAGAAAACGUAUUGUAUUUUAAUUGAUUUCACGCCUAGCCGUCGAGAGUUAUCUACCACGCAAAUCACUAUUUACGCGCAGGAGAUCUAGGCGGAUAUCCGCCUACUAAAAGUGAAGUGUAGAAAUGACUUCUCAGCAAAGUCUGCAAAGAGCAGGGCAGUAGAUAAUAGUAAUAUUAUUCUUCAGAAUAUUGAUAAGAUAACUGUUUAUUUUUUUAAUUAUAACAUUGAUGUGCCGCAAUGCAGAAAAUUGUAUUUUUGGUCUUAUCAAAAGCCAUAAAAUGCGUCUAUAAUCACAUUCGAAUUCUUAUCUGGAUGUUUAUAUACAUAACAAUCAUGCGAUUCUUGCGUAGCAAUAGUUUGUGUAGCUUCUAAUUCUUUGUAAAUCUAGUGUUUUUUUAAUAUGGGGGGGCUGGCAAAGUAAAAUAGUAUUUUUAUACUAAAAGGCAAAGUUGAUGUUUAACUUCUCGUGCUAAUAUCAAUAGCCGACCAAUCGAAAGAUUCCAAAAUUGAACCACUAGCGUAGCAAGUGUUUCGAAAAGUGGAAUCAUGAGCGCCUUUGCUUCAUAGACUUUUACUAUGUACAUAAAUAUUAAAAUUAGAAGUACAAUACACUACUUAGUGUACUUAUAAUAUCUUGUUUGAUUUAAAUUACAGUAAAAUAGGUAUUGUAAUAUUUGUAAUAGAAAUUAUAAACUCGUCAUAAUUACUUUUAAAAUACACAUAAAAAUUGUUGAUUUGUAUUUUUAGGUAACAUGCGAUCAUAUUAUUGAUUUAUAUUAAACAUAUAGUAAAUGAUAUUCCUACUAUAUUAAUAUUAUAAAUGCGAAAGUAACUCUUUCGGUCUGCUACCUCUUCUCACUUAAAGCUGAACCGAUUUAGAUGAAAUUUGGUAUAAUGUGAAGGACAUAGAAUAUUUUUUAUCAAUCAUCAUUUCAUGCAGGCGAAAUCGCUGGCAGAAGCUGUUAUUAUUAUUUUAAGUAGGUAAGUUAAAUAAAGUGUAUGUAAUUGAAAGAUAUUAUUUAUUACUAAGGUAUACUAUUUAUUUCAUUAGGUUAUGUUUACAUGUACUUAAAUUGUAGUAUGAAAUUUUAAUUUGUAUUUUUAAUAUUAUAUUCAAUUUACAAAGA